AUGACUCUGACACAGUCAGUCCGUCUGGGAGGAACCGACGUCCCUGGUGGCAUGACCCUUCAUGGUCGACUAUCCCCCAGCGGUUUCAUGCGCAAGCGGUACUGGGAUUCUUCCUUGCGGGAGAGGAGCACCUGGACAUCGGCGACGGGCCGCUUUGCAGAUCUGGCGCAAGUCUUCCUGAAGGGAGCGUCGGAGCUGGAGAACAAGCUUCAAGACAGCAGGAAGCUGGAUGUCGGUGAUUUCAUCGUAUUCCGCCAGGGAAGAUCAUUUGCGGAGACCUGUCAUCAGGGUCUCGCGGCUGAUGUGUACUUGUCCCACUUCUGGGGUCAGCCUUGCGCAGAGCUGCUCACCAUUUUGCAACAGCACUCUCACAGGCAUCGUCAGGCUUCACCAUCAAAUCCUAACCCAUCCUAUUGGAUAUGUACAUUGGCCAACAACCAGCACAGGGUUGACUUGGGAAGUCACUGGAAGGAGAGCCCCUUCUACCGUGGCAUGCGAUCCUUGCGAGAGACUGGUGGUGGCGUGCUAAUGGCCAUGGACCUCGUGGCGUCAACAUUGACAAGGAUCUGGUGCAUCUUCGAGAUAUAUGUGUGCGCGGAGCUGAAUCUUCCCCUACAGCUGUUCUCACCAGAUGGAGACCUGUCAAGUUGCACCGGGCUUCGGGCCAAGAUCAUAGCAGAGAACAUCACGAAGCUGGACUUCCGUCGUGCUGAGGCCUCAGUUCCCGCCGACAAGGCCAUGAUUCUGAAGGCCAUCGAGGAUUUGGAUGGUGGCUUGGAGCGUGUAGAGUGGACAGUGAAGCAUCUGGUCACGGACUUCGAGUCUUUUCUCUAUGCCAGCCAGCGUGCUGAACACCCCAUCACUGGGGAAGCGCUGAGCCUGAGCACUUCAGGCGAGGACAUGAUGCCCUGCCGCAUCCGGACAAUUUGGAACUCCUUCUUUGCGCGGGGGCAAGUUUUCGGUGUGGAGCACAUUUCCCAACGCUUGCAAGCGGGCGACCUGUUUGUACUGGAAGGUCCCGGUGGGAGUGGGAAGAGUGUGGUGACCAAGCUCCUGGCUAAGCACUCCACAGGCUGCGGCGUUCUAUGCCUACGAGUUCCUGUUUCGCAGUUGGCCCAAGUCUGUCAUGAUAUGAAGAUGGAAGGAGAGGACGAGAGGCAGGAGCAGCAGGAGCAGCUUUGCAGGGACCUUCUGAUGCUUUGGGCCGUGAAGCGAUUUGGCGACGCUGCGAACUCCCUUGCGCAGCCCAAGGAUCCCAUCAUUUUGAUCCUGGAUGGCCUGGAUGAAGCACGUGCAGAGCUGGACAGCAUCCUCAGUUGGCUCCGCUUCCAGGUGCGGAACCGAAAAUCGCUGGGCACCUUCCGGGGAUUUCUGAUCACGCUGAGAGAGACGGGACGAGCUGCCUGCCAAGCCAACCUCUUCAGCAUGGGAUUCGCCUUCCUCCGCAUCGAGCCACUGUCUCCGGCAGAUGUGGUCAGCGCUGCCAAAAGCACUGGGCAGGACUGGCGAGUGGCAGUUGCCCUGAGCGGCAUGGAUCUUAGUGCUGAGCUUUGGAACCGGCCUCUGAUGUCUGCUUUGUUCAUUGAUCUCGUUGCUACGGGUGUGCGCCUGGCUACUAUUGAUGAAAUUGGCAUUCUGCGACACUUCUUCGAGAAACUCCUCCCCCAAGCCGUCGACGUCUUCCAUGCAGCCUUUCCAAUGUUCGACCCUACUGUAGACCCCUUUGGCGGGGUUAGCUGCGAACACUUCAGAGGCGUUCUGAUGAAACUGGCCUGGUUAAAGACCGUGGAUGGCUCCCGGAUUGUUCAGGAGCCGGAUAUCCACGAGGCCUUUGACGAUGGAGAGUCCGCUCUGCGGGUUGAGCUGGCAGCAGCCUUCUGGCAGGCGGCCAAAACUGGCAGGAUUCGACUUUUGGAUCAUGGUGAGGGCUGUGUGCAGUUUCUGCACUUGCGCUUGCAAGACUACCUGGCCUCAGAGUACCUUUGGUAUGAAGGCGAUUGCCAGGCUUUGCGAUGUGUCAGCGGGGCGGGUUACGUCGGCCAAGCCGCGGAUGACGCCCGCUUUGCUGGCGCCCGGUCCUUGCUUGUGAAUCUGCUCAGAGACGGUGCUGCGCGCCCUCGCACACCAGACUCGGACGAGGCCUGGUACCUGCUGUGCUCUGCGGCCAUGUCCAACUCGGCUGAGGGAGCCCGAUGUGCUCUGCAGCUCAGUCACACUCCCGACGCCGCCUGGGAGGUGCUCGGCCGCAGUGUUUUCGUGCCAAUCCGACCUCGGCUCGGAGCCGCGGCCGUGCUGGUCCGGGCCAUGCGCUGGUCUGACAUGCUCCGACUGCUGAACUGGUACGGCAUUAUCGGCAGCGGUGCAAUGGGUCUGGGAGCUGCAGGUGGCCCAUGCACCGUCGCAGCCCUCCUCCUCUUCCUGGGCUGGCCAACUGUCCCUGGCUGGACUCACGUGCUCCUUGCUAUGUCAGGAGUGCUCUACCUGGCGUGGCUGGUCAUGCUGUGCCAGCUCAUCCUGCUCCAUGUCUUCCGGCGUGGUGGCCGCUUAUGGACCUUGCUGCUGGUGUUCAGUGUUGAUUGGGAGCACUACCGCAUUGCCAUCGUGGGUUACGGCUGUGUUUCUCUACGAGCAGACGAUGUGAACUUAAACCUCACGCUCUACAUGGGCUACUGGAAGUGCCUUCUUGUCCCCUUCUUCUGGGCAAUUCGUGCGCAGGCAGUGGUCCCACGGGUGAUGCAGGCCAUGGCUUACGUUCUGGGGCUCCUGGCGGGGACGACCUUCAUGGCCAUCCAAGCAGCUGUUGCCAUCGUCUGCUCUUUUCCCGCGCAGCUCUUCUGGCUCUACUUGCUCCUUCCCGCGCAUUUCAUACGAAGCCAUCUAGGCAGAUGCCCAUGUCUUGGGGCCGCCCGGAAACCUGGCUCACGCCUAGACCCCCAAGUCAUGGGCUCACGCUUCUCGCUGGAGGAGACUUGCUCUUCGUGCACACGGAACGAAAGCUUACGGAGCCUUGACACAGAGGAAGUGCCGAGAAUUGGCCCAAAACAGGUUCUCCAAGCUGGACUUGAUUUCCUCGGAGGCCACCGAAGUCCUCUGGGGAGCUCCCUAGACGCGGAGAUGGUUUCGGCUGUGCCCAGUCCUUCUCCAGAUAAGCGGCAGUACAGCAAGCGGCCAGGCACACACCAUGACGGGCGCUUCUAUUUUCCAGACUGGCUUUGCAGGUGCUUUCGCUUUUGA